AUGAAAGAAUCUUAUUCCGUCACCAAGAACAACAAGAAACUUGUGUUUCUUCUUUUGCUUCAGCUAGGCUUGACUACGGCAUUUCAACCACCACAGCAACAACAGCAACAACAAAUUCUGUCGCGCCAUCGUCGUCGUACGAGAUACCCGUGGUCAUAUAUUUCCGCUGCUGCUAGUGGUGCUGCUUUGGUUGACGAAACAAACGAAGAAGUAGAAGUAGAAGCAACGCAAAUUUCAUUCUCAUCACCACAUGCAUGGGAUGAACAAUUUGAGAUACUCCAAUCGUUCCAAAAGAAAUAUGGACAUUGGAACUUUCCACAGAAUCCUCCUGAGGCUCUUGAGAAGGAAUAUCCAACACUGGUCAGUUUCUGUCACCAUCAGCGCGUCGAAUACAAAAAGACCAAGCGGAGUACUACCAAUCAUUGGAGUACCCUGCGACUAUUUGAUCGCAACCUUCGUUGUCAGCACUUAAAGGAGCUUGGAUUUGAAUUCAAUGCGCAUGUUGCCAAAUGGUAUGACAAGUACCAUGAGCUACUGCAGUAUCGCAACGAUAAUCAUGGGCGUAUAUAUGUACCUGUGCCUGAGACGAAAGGGGAAGGAGAAGCGGAACAACAUCAUGGCAACAAUAAUCGCUCCCUGUACCGUUGGGCCAAGGUUCAGCGCGCAAGAAAGAGACGGAACAAAGCAUACGAAGAACUCUCCGACACCCAAGUCGAGCUACUGGAUCGUAUCGGCUUCGAAUGGGAAUCGGAACGUUACGAUGUGUUGUGGAUGGAGAAAUACAACGAGCUAGUCGACUUUCGUAAAAAACAUGGGCAUUGCAUGGUCAAGCCAGGUGGGAAGCUUUAUUUAUGGAUGAAGGAACAACGAUCACGACGUGAGCAAAAACACUAUCGCCUUUUUCCUCUCUCAAACGAACAACUACGAUUGUUGGAUAAAAUUGAAUUCCCAUGGAAACCCGAGCUACGUGACUCUAGGUGGAACGCCAAAUACAAAGAGCUCGAAGAAUUCCAAAAGAAGCAUGGACACUGCCAGCCGACUAAAUCGCCAGAUCGCACUCUCUACGAUUGGUCAAGAGUACAGCGCAAAAAACGUGAGACAGGUGUUCUCCCCACGCACCAAAUCCAAUUAUUGGACAAGAUUGACUUCCCUUGGGAACUCAAACGCGUUACCUUUCGACUGAUGGUUGCUAAACUUAUGACGUACUACCAUCAGCAUGGUCACCUUCGAGUCAGCCAAGAUGAUGAGGAUGAUGAUGAUGAUUCAGAGCUCUACGAAUGGAUGGCAUUGCAACGGAAACGUUAUCACGGGAUGGUCACUGUUUCGGGUAGUCCAAUGACAGACGAGCAAAUCGAAAAGAUGGAAGAGACCAAUUUUUGCUGGUCACAAGAUUGGAAGGAGCGGGUGUGGCAUGAAAAGUACACAAAGGUCGUCGAGUUCUAUAAGGAACAUGGCCACGUUCAUGUUAAGAAGAAGGACUAUCCAAGCAUCUACAAUUGGAUCCAAGUGCAGGAGGAACGGUACAAGGGAACGGAAGGCUACAAACCGUUGUCGGAAGAAGAAUCGGAACUAUUGGAGCAGAUUGACUUUGCCUUCUUCGAAAACCGGCCGCGGAUGUCGUGGAAUACAAUGUAUGCGGAAGUGGAGCGAUAUCGAGAGGAGAAUGACGGGCGGUUUCCGAAUCACCGAGAUGACCCGGAACUGAGCCGUUGGAUGAGACAACAGCGCAAACGACUGAGAAGUUCGUAUGGUCAUGUUCCACUUUCGGAUGAGCAAGCGUCAAUGUUGAAGAGUAUCGACUUUCCCAUGUUGCCCAAAGGAUUUGAUUUGAGAUCGUGGUGUGAAAGGUACGACGAGCUAGUGGACUUUUGGAAGCACCAUGGGCACUUCUUGGUAGAUCGAUUCGAAAACCCUAGACUUUAUAAAUGGAUUGCUGUGCAGCGGAGUACACAUGACGUCGCUUUUUCAUAUACACGGCCACCAUCAAGAUCAGAAAAGUAUCUCUUGGAUCGAAUUGGCUUUCCUUGGACAUCGGAUCGUUAUGAAUUGGAGUGGCAAAAGAUUUACGAGGAGCUUGUUCAGUUUCAACAAGAAACUGGUCAUUUACAACCUAAGGUUGCGGAUUACCCAAGCCUCUACUCAUGGAUGUGGUAUCAGAGAGAAAGGUACCAAAAUAAAGAAUUGUCGGGCAUGCCAACACACCAAAUCGAUCAAUUGAACAAGAUUGGUUUUCGAUGGACAGUAUAG